CUUCUGCUUCUUGCUGUUGGAAGCUCCAUCGCCCCUACUCGCUGCCCCUCAAACCCCCUCCUCCGCGCCUCCCACCACCAAUCCCCAAUCCAAUCCAUCAUCUCCAAGAAUGUCGCUGUCAUCGCCAUCAUCGGCGACUGGCCUCUCGCACGCAGCCGCUCUGCUCCCAAUCCCUGCAUCGCCACUUGCUGCUGCUACUGCCGCUGCUGCCGCUGCUGCUUCUACUGCUGCCCUUCCUCCUCCUCCUCCUCAGGCGGGCUCGCCGGCCCUCUCCAACAAGCGGCGUCAAGGAUUGUCGCUGAGCUGCCCGAUUGUCUACGGAAACCUCGCCGUUCACCUCGCACCAAAAGAAGUACCCGAUGAAUCACAUACACAUCGCUGGACUGUCUACGUUCGUGGCGCCGAUGGCGAUGACAUUUCCUACGUGGUGAAAAAGGUUGUCUUCAAGCUGCACGAUUCGUACGCCGAGUCUCUGCGAACGGUCGAGCAGCCGCCAUACGAGGUUUCAGAAACGGGCUGGGGCGAGUUUGAAGUUCAAAUCAAGGUUUUCUUCCGUGAUGCAGUCGAGAAGCCGGUUACAAUCUUCCACCAUUUGGCACUCUAUCCUCACGCUGCCACGUUGCAGCCUUCCAAAAAGCUGCUCGUGUUUGAGCAAUACGAUGAAAUUGUGUUUAACGAUCCGUCAGACAAGUUAUAUCAGAUGCUGAUGCGAAAAGAGCGGAUCCCGGGGUUCAAAAAGACCGCACCCUUCCGAGACUAUAGCGAGUUCGAGGUUGCUCAGCUCGAGCAGCUCAAGGAAAGCAAGGACCAGGUUCGGGCGGAAAUGGCCAAGCAAAAGGCCAAGUAUCGCGAUUUGGACGAGGAGGCACAAGUGCUCAAGCGCGAAAUUGCAGCUUUGGAGCAGGAAUUGAACAUUGAUGCCACCGCAAUGGAACUCGUCUAAUCAGUUCAACAUUUGUCAAAUGAGGAAGGAUGAAAUCAUGGUUUGCUGCUGGAUUGCACGGUUUGCAUUAUCCAAAAAAAUAUGGUUCUGAAUAGACUCAAUGGCAUUUUCUGCCAAUAUACAGUAACAAAGAAC